AGGCUCGUGUUUCCGUCCAGUGCGUUUUAGAUUGAGCACCCUAACAGAUAGGCGCGUGGUGCUCGCGUUUUCAAGAGUUUUCUUUCUACUUAGAAAGUGCUGACAGGGAAAAAUAUCGCGAUGGACGAAGAAAGUCGAGCAGCAGCUGGAUCGAAUUGGAUCACACAGCAUCCCGUGUACCAAGACCUGCUGAAUCUGGGCGUAGAUGACAGCACGCAGGUUUACGGAGCGUUCCUGGUUUACCUCGACUUGACCGAAGUUCGGCGUUGGACGAGUGUGGUCGCAGUGCCGAGUCCUGAACUGCAGGCUGUUCUGCUGGAAGGUUGUGAAAAAGAAGGCGGGGAGGUUCAGGUGGUUUAUCCACUUCCUGCUCACAGAAGUGUCAGUCACAGAGAUUUGAGGUGCAUUCUGGGUCGUGGAACCCGCAUGCUCCUUUGUGCAGUGGCGUCGGAUUCCACGCUGGUGUAUCAGCGGCUGAGCGAUGGCCUGAUGACCCCUGACCCCCCUGUGGACGUCAGAGACCUGGGACGCCGCCAGCACCGCAAACGCAGACUCCAAACGUGACAUUUAUAAAUGCUUCCCAGGACGUCUCAUCUCCAAGGAAGAAGAAGAAGAAAAUGUUCAACAAAUGUUUCAUUCUGCACGUGCAAGAGAUGUAAAGCCACCGAGUCCCCAGACAGUGUUAUGUUCAUUGCGAUCCCUCUCAAAAAUGUUGAGAAACUCAAGAGAAAGUCUUAGUGUAAGGCAAGUGCACUGUAACCAUGAUGACAACACAUCCGUCCCACGUCCCCUUUUCUCCUCCCCUCCAGACGGCUUUCGGUGGUCGGAACGCUGAAUGUAAACAAGGAGGGCUGGGUGGUGGGG